AUGAGUGAGGGGGUGGGCGUCGGGGAGGGUACCAGCCGCGUGCGCCCCCGGGCCAACAAGGAGAAUGAGGAGGGCGCGUCAGGUCCGGACGACUCUGCAGGCAGGGGGAAGGAGAUGGUACCCUUCUCCGCCCAAGGAGAGGACUGGGCAAGCCAGAUGCUGCAGUCUCUCAAAGAGGAUAAUUUUCGACCCCCCUUCACGCUCUCCAGCACAGUCCGCCCGUAUCACCGUUCGUUAGACACAUCCACAGCGACGACGCCGGGGGUGGGGACGGGGGCAUCUCCCGUGUUAGAAGCGGCGGACCUGGACGUCACCAUCGGCAGCAUGUCCAGCUUCGCUUCCGAUUUUGGCCGAAGACGACGACGAAGACGCGAACAGCUAGCCCUUGAAAACCCUGCCGAAGGGGAAAGGCAGCGGAAGGAUUUAGAGCGGGCCCUUCAAAACUUAGAAGAAAUGCAGCGGGAGAACAGGGAGCGGAUGCGAAUUGUGGCUUCAUACGCGCCUAGUACACGCGUACGAUCUCCCAAUGAGAAAAGUUCGUGUGGAUCAGAGAGGCGUUUGUUGCACUACUUCCGUACGCAAUCGGCCGGCAGCUUGCCGUUCUGUAAGGAAUCGAGAGGCCGCGCACUCAAGAGACUGAUGACAUCUUCAGCGAUGCCUGAGCCAAACAUGACGACACCAAUGCCUUUACCGCGGCGGCAGGAAGGAAUCAACUCCUCCCUUUGUGACACGCCUUCACCACCGCAACAUCGACGUGUGGACCACCCAAGCACCAAAAUUAGUGAGGCUCAGAAACAAACGACUUGCGAAAAUAUUAAUUUGCUAAGGAAAGAACACAGAUCGGGGGCGUCAAUGUCUCGGGUAAUAAAAUUUGAGAGAGAGCCAUCAGAGAUAUUGGGGAAGAGUCCAUCACCGCCCCGAGCGAAUCCUUCCCCGCCGUUAAGGACUCCAGUUGGAAAUCAAGGAGUUGGCAGUGGGGGCCGUGAUGGGCCCGUAAACGGUCGAGAUGGAUUUGGACAUGCCCAGAGUGCAUUAGACGCAGGGGGGAAUCGAUGCGCAUCGGCCGUUCCUUUCGAGGGCAAAGUUAGGCGUGGGGAGCCGAAUGGCGGUAAACAAGUCGAUAAAGUAAAAACGCCUACACCAGGCCGCGGAGGACGCUCCACUUCGCCCCCAAUUAUUAUUUUGACGGUGGACUCGAGAAGGAGCAUGGGAGAGGAGGAUGCGAGGCGACUGCUGUCCGCGGAGCCAAUCAAGUCUCCAGAGCCACUUUUACGACGUACGCCUCCCGGCCCCACGGGACGCUCAGCAGGAAACAAUCCGCCAAAGAAGCAGUUUGCGGAGGCGAUGCUGCGAUCAUCGACCAUGAAGGAGCUGCCGUCUGCAGCAACAGAAGGCGUCAUAAAGGAGAAUUCGCAGCCGGAAUGCAAAAAGGCUCGCGCCGCAAUUCCGAAAAGUUCUCUUCCGGGAGCGGGUGCCGCGGCUCCUGUUGUUGCUAUCGACAAAUCAAGGGUGGAGGAACGUCAUGAGGGCCACCGUCAGCCUGGCGCGUUGAACAAACGACCAUUAGUAGGUAAGUCUCGUAACAGUGUGGAGGCGCCCUCCUUCACAGAAGUGGCGGCAAAAAAGUCAACUUCAGUCAUCAACCGAAAUUUGGUCGUUGCGUCUACGAGCAAGCAACGCAAAGCCAAGAGUGGCAACGGGACUUCGAAAAUUACUGUUGUCGUUUCAGGAGAGACGAAGACGAAGACACAGCCGAAGCCCGAGCCUCGUAGUGCAGGAGCCGUUCGCAGUCCGGCUGUCGUAGCUGGGCGGACGGCUACUGCUAGUACACGGUACCGGGUAACUGGAAUCAGCACCCGCGCCGCGCCUUUGCGCCGUGACGAUCCAGCCACUUUAGAUGAGAGAGGCGUGUGCCGUGGUAAAAAGAGUACGUCCCCUCCGUAUUCCUUGGAGACGGCCUCCAGUGUCUCAAAGCAAAAUUCUUUGCGCCAAAUUCCACGGGGGCGGAGGAGUCCUUCGUCAUUGACGCUUAUAACACCUCUUGAACGUGAAUCAUACCGUCCGUUGGGCAAUGACCGUCCAAUUGAUACUCCACUUAAGGCCGUGAGACGCGGUCCCGUUGGUGAACCAUAUUCGCCUAGACGACUUGUUCCAUUUUGUACGGAGUGUGGAAAAAAACACCUUAGUGAGAAGGUAAAGUUCUGUGCCUUUUGUGGUCAUAAGCGUGAGGCUGUGGCAAUGUGA